AUGAACCAGCGCCGGUCAGUGUCGGAACAGAACCAUGUGAUCGAGCGGAGGGUCAGGAGUCGUGACAACCUGCUAAUCAACACAGACUUUGGAGAUGACAACUGUUCCAGUUACCAUGGAUACUACCCAGGCAGUGCAGAGCGACAGCUCCUGGCACGUCAGGCGGUUGCUAAGCGACGACAGGCCAUGCGAGGCCCCGCCUACAUGUUCUCGGAUCCGCCCAUCAGCCUCUCGGAUGCAGAACAGCGCUUCCUGGACGCGGCAGAGUAUGGCAAUAUCCCAGAGGUGCGACGCAUGGUCCUACACAUGCCCAGUCUCAACGUGAACGCAGUAGACUACAUGGGCCAGAAUGCAUUGCAGCUGGCGGUGGCCAAUGAGCAUCUAGAGGUGACUGAGCUGCUGCUUGGGAGAGUGGAGCUAUCCAGGGUGGGAGACGCUCUGCUACUGGCCAUCAGUAAGGGUUAUGUGCGUAUAACGGAGGCGUUGCUAGGCCACCAGUCGUUCAGUGACGCGAAGCGCCUGACAGCAAGCCCUGCCCAGGUGGACAUGUUGGAUGACUUCUACGCUUAUGAUGAGGAUGGGACACGUUUCUCCCAUGAUGUGACUCCAGUGAUUCUUGCAGCUCAUUGUCAUGAAUAUGAGAUUGUCCACAACCUAUUGGGUAAAGGAGCCCGUAUAGACCCGCCCCACGACUACUUCUGUUGCUGUGAUUCGUGCAACUACCAGCAGCAAUUUGACUCCUUCAGCCACUCACGGUCCAGGAUUAACGCCUACCGUGGCCUGGCUAGCCCCGCCUACCUCUCGCUGUCCAAUGAGGAUCCAGUAUUAGCCGCCCUGGAGCUCAGUAACGAGUUAGCUGUCCUGGCCAACAUUGAGAAGGAGUUUAAGAAUGACUACCGGCGUCUGUCUGGGCAGUGUAAAGACUAUGUGGUAGGUCUGUUGGAUCUCUGUCGCAGCACUGAGGAGGUGGAGGCUAUACUGAGUGGAGAUACUGACUCAGAGGAGACGUACCAUCCACCUGGCCGACCCUCGCUCACGAGACUCAAACUGGCCAUCAAAUAUGAACUCAAGAAGUUUGUAGCCCAUCCUAACUGUCAACAGCAGUUGUUGUCUAUCUGGUAUGAGAACCUACCAGGUCUGAGACAGCAGACUACAGCUGUUAAACUACUGGUGGUCCUGGGAGUGGCUGUUGGACUACCUGGACUAGCUGUGGCUUACCUGGUGGCCCCCUGCAGUAGGGUAGGGAGGGUGAUGAGAAGUCCCUUCAUGAAGUUCGUGGCCCACGCUUCCUCCUUCUCCAUCUUUCUGUGUCUGCUGGUCUUGAACGCUGCCGACCGCUUCGCUGGGACCACACUGCUACCCAACAUGACCACACAUCUCCACCCCACCCUGCUGUAUCGUAUGAAAACCACCCCCUUCACCUGGAUGGAGACUCUCAUCAUAUCCUGGGUCAUUGGUAUGAUUUGGGCGGAGGUAAAGGAGAUCUGGUCCCAGGGAGCGGGAGAAUACCUCUUAGAACCCUGGAACUUCCUGGACUUCGGAAUGUUGGCCAUCUUCCUGGCGUCCUUCAGUUCUCGCUUCUCUGCCUAUAACCACACCCACUCAGCCCAGCUAUACGUCCACACACACUACACCCACCUCUCUACGCUGGACAACAUCACCCUUCCACCACACGUACACUACUACACACUGGCUCGUCUCUCCUGGUUGCCCUCUGACCCCCAGCUGAUAUCUGAGGGGCUGUAUGCGGUUGCCGUGGUGCUCAGUUUCAGCCGCAUCGCCUACAUCCUGCCAGCCAAUGAAAGCUUCGGACCGCUGCAGAUAUCCCUAGGACGAACUGUUAAAGGGGGUCUGACCAGGCACACAAAGUUUGGAACCCGAAGUCUACGCCCUGGGAAGCUCUAUCCUGAGCCCACCUCCGUGAACUACUCCACUGACUUGCUCCUCAGCGACGCCACUGGGAAGCUUUAUCCUGGGCCCACCUCCGUGAACUACUCCACUGACUUGCUCCUCAGCGACGCCACUGGGAAGCUUUAUCCUGAGCCCACCUCCAAGAACUACUCCACCGGCUUGCUCCUCAGCGACGCCACUGGGAAGCUUUAUCCUGAGCCCACCUCCAAGAACUACUCCACUGACUUGCUCCUCAGCGACGCCACUGGGAAGCUCUAUCCUGAGCCCACCUCCGUGAACUACUCCACUGACUUGCUCCUCAGCGACGCCACUGGGAAGCUCUAUCCUGAGCCCACCUCCAAGAACUACUCCACUGACUUGCUCCUCAGCGACGCCACUGGGAAGCUCUAUCCUGAGCCCACCUCCAAGAACUACUCCACUGACUUGCUCCUCAGCGACGCCACUGGGAAGCUUUAUCCUGAGCCCACCUCCAAAAACUACUCCACCGGCUUGCUCCUCAGUGACGCCACUGAGCAGCAGCAGUAG